AUGGAUACUUCUAAAGAACAUAAAAUGAUGGCUUCAAGCGAUUACUCUUUCCUUGAAAGAUCUGUACAUGAAGUCUACAUAUGGAUAUGGUUUAUAAUCCAUGUUUAUCGGUGUGAUAAAUUUUCAUCCCUUCAAUGGAAGAGAAUAAGAGCACUAGAAUUAAAAUCAUUUGUCACAAUUUUAAUAUUGCUAACAUUACCAUUUGAAGCAUUUUAUGACAUUAUUUUGACCAAAAUAAAAUAUACCGAAGGAUUUUAUUUAUUUGUUCCGACCUACUCAAUAAGGUCUAAACCAAGAUGGUUAUGGUCAGAAGAAGAUCAAUCAUGGUGGACUCCUACUUUCUAUACAUUGAUGGUUGGAUUUAGCUUCCAAACUGGAACAUUAUUUCUUUUACAAUGUUUCUGGAAUUAUCUUUCGAAUUCAAUUGCAAAGGUUUCAUUUAUGUCAAGAAUUGAAUUCAGUAUUUAUGUAAUUUGGGGAGUUAUCUCAGUAAUCAUGUUUCCUAUAUUGCCAGCUAUAUUAAGUGAGUAUGAAUCACUAAUAGAGGUUGUUCCACAAUUGGCUUAUGCUUCACAGUUAAUGAUUUUAGCUAUACUUGGAAUAAUUACACAUUCGAGGUUUCAAAAAUUAAUUAACACAGUUAAUAUAAACAACAAAAAUAAAGCUCAUAUCAUUGCAAAAAUCAGAUAUUUCAUCGAUAUGAAUAAAUUAUUGACUGGAAGUUUAUUCAUAAUGAGUGCUAGUUUUUUCAUAUUAACAAUUGAUACUUUUAUUGAUUCUAGACCCAUUAAUUCUAGCAAAUUAGCAAGUGAUGUUUUAAUAGCACAUGUAAAUUUUGCAGCAGUAAUAGAAUGGGUAAUAUUAAUAUUAAUAUUUUAUCCACGUAAAGGGUUUGUUGGUACUGGUUCAGGAGGUAGUUCAUUCAACACAAAUUUAGGUUCUGCGGCCACUAAUUCUGCUAAAUUAUCUAAUAUGCCACCUGUCCUGGAUAUGGAAAUUUUGAUCACCAAGCAACCAUCUUCAUCAUUAAAACGUAAUGUGUCAAUAUCAAAAGAUGGUAAAGUUAUUUACACCGAAACUAAACCAUUAGGUAAAGUGGGUGGAUUAGAAUUUGUAGCAGUGGAGAAAGCUGAUCCAAGAAGUAUUCCCUCAUAUUAUUUUAUGAAUGACAAUCCAGUUAAUAAUGAUGACAACGAAUAUCCAUUGCCUAAUAAUAAUGUUGUUAAUAAUGGUAAUUAUAUUGGAUCAUCAUCAUCUGGUGAUGAAAAUCGAGUUAUUAAAAAAUCCAGUGAUAAUGAAGAGCCGGAACCAAGAAAAUCUACACAACAGGAACGCAUGUUGGUUUUACAAAGACAACGAGAUGAGUUCAAUUCUUCAACCAUGCCAAAGAAUAAUUUAUCGUCAAUGAAAAAUCAAUUUGAAGUUCAAAACACCACUUAUACAGGGAAAAGCGGCACUAGUAAAAUCAAUGAAGAUGCAGCAGUUAACACAGCAUCUUCAGUUAACUUAAAUAGAAAUGGAAAUUUUUUUAAUUAUCGUAAAGUAAUCAUGCAAGAAAUCUUUGAUGAAAAAUUCAGUUAUAGAGUAGAUAUUGGAUUUUGGUGA